CGCGGGCGCAGGUGCGCGCCGUUUGAAAGUAUGGCGCCGGGCGGACGGCUGGUGCUGUGUGAGGAGAAGAUCCGGGAGAAGAGCGGCCUGGCGCCUCACUGCGACCUGGGGCAUCGAGUGCCUGGCGGCGCUGGAGAGCCUCAACCUCUACUACAACCGCAUCUCCUCGCUGGCGGAGGUCUUCCGGCUCCACUCCCUGGCGGGGCUCUCGGAGGUGGACCUGCGGCUGAACCCCGUGGCGAAGAGCGAGUCUGACUUCCGCCUCUUCGUGGUGCGCAUGCUCCCGGGUCUCCAGCAGCUGGGUAGGCCGGCCGCGCUCCAGCCUCGCUCGGCGCCCCGCUCGUGCUCUUGGGGCGAUCGCGCUGCUGGCCUUUCUGGAGAGGGGAGCUGGUUUCCUCCUCUCACAGGAAAGCCACCUGAGAAGGUGGCAGGGAGCCACUUCCUGAGGCCACGAGUGCCUGCCGGGCUGGCUGGGGUGCAGGUGUGGGCUGGCUUGGCUCUCCAGCUGCUCUCAAGCUCUGCUGUCUAUUUCCUCACACGGCCUCCUGGGCGUUGUCCCAGGCUCAGCCGGACGGCUGGAUUCAGCCUGGUUUUGCCUGCGCCUGGAGCACAGGAACAAGAGGUUACUGUGCUGCACAGGCCCCGGGCGACAGCGUGAGAGAGCGGGAGGGCCUCGUGGGAGGGCCUCUUGGCAGGUGCAGCUGCCACUGUGGCCCGGGAAGAACUGAAUCUCUCAGGCUUGCCCGACGAGCUACCAGGGUGCCAACCAGCCAUGCCCCGUCAGGAGCACUGUGCUCAGGGAGGCCGGAGCCCUCACCCGCUAUCCCGGCGCUCGGGAGCUGCUGUGCUGUGAGCGCUGUGGCCCAGGCACGCUGGCCGACCCCGGCCCCGCCCCACGUCCCGCUUCAGAGGAAGGCGGGCGCUGCAGCGGGAGCCGAGGGUGUGCCAGCUGGGAGGCCCUGGGGAAGGAGGGCCUCGGGUCUCGGACCUGUUCCUCCUGUGGAAGUGCCGCUUGAGGGCAGUUAGGACUGUCUGAUUGGAGGGUGGUGGUCCUUCUGUGCCUCCAGUGAUCAGCGUGUGUUCUCCACUCAGAGGGCCUUUGACCGCUUGGGGAGGCUGGAGGGAUUCCAGGGUGUCUCCACCUCCCAGGUGCUGAGAUAAUGAAAUGAGACCCACAUGGCAGCGCUUGUCAGGUAGACGCUGGGCAGUGGGCAGACCGUGGCUCCAGCCCGUCCAGUGUCCGCAGGACCUGCAGACACUCCGGCUCUGCCCCCUCAGCUGCACGGAGCGUCUCACAGGCACCCUGGCCCUGCUGCCCUGGCCCACCUCCUUGUCCCCAGGCUGGUGGCACUGGCUCUAGGGAGCCUGGCUGCGUGGUUAGGCCACUUUGGCCUGGGCCUGGGCCACUGACCCCCAGAGGCGCACUGUUUGUUCAGACCUACUUUGGGUUUAAACGUUAUGUUGGUUUUUAGAUAUUUGGGAGGAUUAAACGCUUGUGUCCUUAGCUGACUGUGUAAGCAUUCUGUAAACUACUGAAGCAUUACAAUCCUUCAUGAAGGUUGUGCAGCCUUCAGUCUUAAAUGAUGAGUUUCUACUUGUGAUGAAAGUUCUAGAUCCGGCUUACAGAGCUGUUCCAGUCUGAACGGCACUCAGAUGAGAAAGGAGAGUCGCUGGAGCCCGUGCUCCGGGAAUCCUGGAGCUCUUGGAAGGCCCGCUCUCCCACCGGGCACUGUGGGAGCUCCGCGGGAGUAACCCAAGCGCUUUGGCCAGGAGCAAAGGAGGCCCUCGCCGGGCCUGGGGGCCGCUGCCGUGCAGAGAGGGUGUGUUCUGGGUGAGAGGGGUUUGCACUGGUCUUAGCCACAUGGAGCUUGAGUUCAGCGAGGGGCAUGGUGCUGACUCAGUGAAGUUCAGGCUAAGCAAGCAGAGUUGUGAGUUGUUGGCAUGAAGGCCACAUCCAGGCCGUGAGAGCGCAGAGCUCAGGAGGCCUCAGACUGGCGUGAGCCGGACGGAGUCCCCGAGGGGAUGGAGGGGGCUCCUGGGGGCACCCCACAUGGGGCCAGGGCUGCCAUGCAGAGUCCACACCUUGGUCCUUGUUUCUCACUGGGACGUGCGCCUCUGGGCGCUGUGGGCUCAGCUUCCUGAGCAAUUCUGGGGCAGUCCCGACAAGUUCCUGAGGGCCGGCCUCCAGCGUUUGGGAGGGCAGCCUCCCUCGGGUACUCGCGAGGAGGUGUGGCUGUGGACGCGGGAGGUCUUCUUGGGUCCAGGGCGCAUGCGGAAACGGUUAAGCUUGGCUCUGUCUCCUGUUCCAGUCCCCGGGAUCCGAGGAGGUGAGCCCUGGGUGCCAGCACGUGGCCUGGGCCUGUUCUCUCCGGUGUGUUGGGCUCCUCGCCCAUGGACACUUGCUAGGGGUGCUCACUUGCUAGGGGUGGUUUGGGGCCCUUGCCCGGCGUCCAGGAUAUGUGUCAAGAGGAGGCGAGAAGGGUGUGCCUGCGUGUGAACUUGGUGUGUGUUUCCCUUCCUGUCUGAGGCUCAAGCCGGGCGUGAGCUGCCGCCCCCGGGCUCGCGCUCAGCAUCUGCAGGCUCCUGUGGUGGGUCGGCCCUUGGGGGAGGGGAGGGCCGCAGAGCAGGGCAGCGCCCCUGGUCAAGUGCAUGUGAGGCCGGGUGGGCAGCGGACGCCUUACUCCAUGGGAGCCGGCGGGCGCACCAUGGAGGGGCCUGGCACCUGCCUCCUGCUCCUUGCCCCUGCUGUCUUCUCUGUAGAUGACCGCCCCGUGAGGGAGAGUGAGCGGAGAGCGUCCCAGCUGCUUUUUGGUUCGGAGGACUCACUGGAAUCAAAGCAGAGCUUCCCAUCUGUUUUCAGAGAAGAAAGACCUCAUCACCCCAGAGUCAAGGGCACCGACCCCUCCGCCAAGAAGUGCUUGGUCAUGGACGCGGAUGACGAGGCGGUCCUGAGCCUCAUUGCCGAGUGCGAGUGGGACCUGAGCAACCCUCCUGGGGGCGUGAGUUCCAGCCAGAAGGAGUCAGAGGCCAGCCUCCACAGCUCCCAAGCAGAGUCGCGGCACCGACUGAGCUCUCAGGCAGCCCAGCACCAGUGCGGAGACUCGCUGUGGAAGGGCCCUGAGCGGCGCAGGAGCAGCUCCAGGGCGGGCUGCAUGGAGCCGAGGCUGCAGGACCAGCGCUGCGGCGAGCUCCCCCCGCAGCUCUUCACCCCAGCUGCAGCACUGGCCCCUGAGCCCCGGGAGCCCGAUGGUGAGGGCUCUGCCCGCUUCCCUGUUACAGACUCCACGGAGACCGAGGACUCCGGCGCUUCUUCUCAGAAGUCCAGUGUGUCGACACAAAAGAUGUUAAACCCCUUACCUGCUCCUGAGAAGCACAGGAAGCGGAGGAUGCCUGGCGGGAGGUUCCAGGCACCUGCGGACGAGGCCUGUCUCAGCUCUCUGGAGGGGAGCCUGAGUGUGAGCCGGAGGAGCGGUUCGGAGGGCUGGGGCCAGGCCGCCUCUUCCCUCUCGGCCACCCCAGGGCCCGAGCAGCCAAGACCACCCAGCGCCAGCGAGGCGUGUCCCAAAUUGCACUCCGCCGUGCUGCCCGGGAAGAAGGCCACCCUGGAGGCGCUGGUUCUGGAAGCGCUCCUCGACCUGGUGGAUAGGCACUGGAGUGGCCGCAGGUCCUUGCACAGCAGCGAAGCCUUCCUCGCUCAGGCGAGACACAUUUUGUCAUCUGUUCAAGAGUUUACAACCACUCAGGACACUUCGACAACUCUGAAUGAAGAAAUUAGCUCCCUGACUCUGGAAAAUAAGUCUUUGCACAGUCGCCUUGCUGAGCUGCAGCAACAGUACGGCAUGCAGAUGACUGAGGUGGUGCUGGAACUCAGCGACACUCGGAAGGAGAUGGAUUACCUGAGGCAGCAUCUGGACAGAUCUCUGGAGGAGAGCAGUAGCUUGAAGUCGCUUUUGUUCAGCAUGAAGAAAGAUGUGAAGACCGCUGACGCUCCGUCUGCGCUGAACCUGCAGAUCUCCGGACUCCAGGCGAGCGUGAAGCGGCUCUCGGGCGAGCUCGUGGAGCUCAAGCAGCACCUGGAGCAUUACGACAAGAUCCAGGAGCUCACGCAGAUGCUGCAGGAGAGCCACAGCUCUCUGGUCAGCACCAACGAGCGCCUGCUGCAGGAGCUGGGCCAGGCGCGCGCGCAGCACCAGGCCGAGGUGGAGCAGCUGCACUGGAGCUACAAGGAGCUCAAGAAGACCCUGGCGCGGGCCCCCGGCAGCCCCCGGGGUACACGCCCGCCUCCCCGCCGCGCGCCCUGUGAGCCCCUCUCCGCUGUGUCUUCAGAGCCCGAGACGCCCUAGAAAGACAGGUUCAUCCUCGCUCUCCGCGUGUCAGUCAGAUCUCUACUUUUUCAUCAGCUAUCUUGAGGUAAAGAAGAUGUUGCAUUUUCCUGCCUAACGUGCAAGAAAGCAGCUCUUUAGGACGAUUGAAGAAAACAAUUUACUGUGCACCAGGCAACCUUAUUUAAUAAACACGUUCUGGAAAGCGGCUCUCAUUGUAACUGACCUUCACAAGGAACUCUGUUAUGGAAUAAGCUGUGCUCCACGGUUGAUGAGCAGGAGCUGUCAGGACCGAGACUGUAUGCAAGGAGCCCUCAGGGCUGUGAGCCUGUUGUCUGGAGAGCUGGCAUCCGCAGGGGAAUGCCUGCUCGAGCGCCAGCUCUUGUUCGCAGGCAUUUCUGAGAAUUACAUCCUAACAGAGCACAGAGCUAGAUUUUUGAGUUUGGAAACGUAUUUCAUGGGACUCUUGCUGUCUUUGGUGAAAUGACGUGAUCUGCUGAAAGGGCCUGUGGUAGAUUUUGGGCCAGAGCUGCAAGUGGAGAUGGGGGCUGUGUGGGUCCCAGGCGGGGAGUAUCGCCCACCUUCAGCUCGUGCUUUGUAUUUGUAACUUCGCGGGGAAGUUGGGAGAGGGGGGUCAUCAUCAGAUUUUUUUUAAUUUAAAGAUUUUUGCAUGAGUCCAUUUUAAGCCUGUAGGAAAUUUUCACCACGCUGUUAGCUUGCUUCUGGUUUGGAUUUUGUUGCGCUUCUUGGAAACCUGAGUUUGUAUUUCUCAUCAAAUGUGGGAAAGUUUCAGCCACUGUUUCCUGGCGUUUCUCACCUGGCCCAGCCUCCCGCCUGCCUUCCUGGGACUCCAUGCUGCCCCCUCAAACUCCGGGUCCGGCCCCCACUUCCCUGCACUCAGGCCUUCUCCUCCUCCGUUCUCAGCCUCUCCCGUCCCGGCGCAGCUCACUGCCCAUUCCGCCACCUGCCUGAUGCGCUGUGGGCUUGUAGAGUGAAUUUCUAAUUUCAGAGAUUGUAUAUUUCUUAGUUCUAAAAUUCCAUUUGGUCUUCUUUUAUAAAGAGGAAAGAAGCCUUU